UUCACGUUUUUUCAUAAUAGCUAGGGCCUAGGCCAUUGUGUCAUUCAUUAUAAAAGCCAAUUGUUAUUUUCCACGACCAGCCACAGGUGUCACAUUUCAAGAAUCGUCAUUCAGGUGUGUGGGACUGGCUAGCUUUUUUUGAAUUGAAGCCGUCGUACUUGAAUUGCAACCUGCACCUGGCGCGACUUUCUCCAGAGAAGUUGAUCUAACGAGCGACAUUUGAAACGUAACUUUAACUGAAUACAAAAAAAAGGCCAAAAUGAGCAAAAUUUCUAAAUUGUUCAAGGGAAGCUCAAGUUCGAACUCUUCUAGCCACUAUCCAAGCUCUUCGAAGUCGAAACAUGGCCAUCGGUCUCGGACAGGACCUACCCCGCAGGAGGCAAUUCACAAACUUCGAGAAACAGAAGCGAUGCUGGCGAAAAAACAGGAUUUCUUGGAAAAUAAAAUUGAACAAGAAAUUAUGAUAGCAAAGAAGAAUGGCCUCAAGAAUAAACGUGCGGCCCUCCAGGCACUGAAGAGGAAGAAGCGCUUUGAGCAGCAGCUCACCCAGAUUGACGGGACCCUCUCCACCAUCGAGUUCCAAAGGGAGGCAUUGGAGAAUGCCAACACCAACACUGAGGUCCUGAAGACCAUGGGCUACGCUGCCAAGGCCAUCAAGGGGGUCCACCAGAACAUGGAUCUGGAUAAAAUUGACUCUCUGAUGCAGGACAUCACUGAGUCGCAGGAAGUGGCCCAGGAGAUCUGUGAUGCUAUCUCCCGACCUUUUGGAGAUGCAUUUGAUGAGGAUGAGCUGUUAGCGGAGCUGGCAGAGUUGGAGCUGGAGGAGAGCAUGACGAACAUGGGCAGAGUGCCCAGUGUGCCCACCGCCAAGCUGCCCACCUCCAAGCUGCCCACCGCCAAGCUGCCCUCAACUCGACCCAGCCAGCGCACUCCGUCCAAGAAGAGGGCAGAGGAUGAUGACGACAUGCAGAUGCUGGCAGCAUGGGCAGUGUAACUAACACACACCAGACUCUAAAUGUACAAAUGUUCAUUUUAAUGUUUUUGUCUUUUUAUUCUAAUCAGUUUCUUAGGGAAAAGCCAAUGAUCUCUAUUUUGUUGGAUUGUUUUUAUGUGUGUUGUACAAUUAUGGAAGUGAAGUAUUGGAAUGUGUGCUCUGACUAGGUGAUUUUAUUACUGCUACAUUACACCAUUUUCUGUCAAUGAAGGAUACAGUUGCUAGUGAAAGUCUACACACCUCUCUUUAAAUUUAGCUGCCUUAAAAUGAAAGGGAUAGUUUGCCUAUUUUAAAACUGUGCCAGGGAAACUAAACCAAAGCAUGGAUUGCUGUCGAACUUUGUCCAUAGACCGCUUACUGAGUAAGGAAACCAAUAACAUUUUCGCAUUUGUUGCACAAAUCCCAUUUAAGUCAUGGUACUGAUAUUAAAUAUGUUCAUAUCUAUACUGAACAAAAAUUCAGACAAUCCUGCAGGUGAAGAAGCCAGAUGUGGUGGUUCUGGGCUGGUGUGGUUACUUGUGGUUGUGAGGCCAGUUGGACCUACUGCCAAAUUCUCUAAAAUUAUGUUGGAAGUGGCUUAGGGUAGAGAAAUGAACAUUAAAUUCUCUGGCAACAGCUCUGGUGGGGCUUUCCUGCAGUCAGCAUGCCAAUUGCACACUCCCUCAACUUGAGAUGUCUGUUGCAUUGUGUUGUGACAACUGCACAUUUUAGUGGCUUUUUACUGUCCCCAGCACAAGGUGAACCAGUGUAAUGAUCAUGCUGUUUAAUCAGCUUCUUGAUAUGCCACACCUGUCAGGUGCAUGGAUUAGCUUUGCAAAGAAAAAAUAUUCACGAAAAGGGAUGUGAACAAAUUUGUGCACAAGAUUUUAGUUUUUUUGUGCAUCGAACAUUUCUGGGAUCUUUUUAUUUCAGCUUGUGAAACAUGGUAGCAACACUUUACAUGUUGCAUUUUAUAUUAUUGUUCAGUGUAUAAGUGACAGAUUCACAAUCAAUUGUAGAUGCUUUUGUAUGAUUUGAUCAUGGUAUGUAAAAAAUGCUAAUAUCGGUACUAUGACUUGAAUAGGUUUUGUGCCACAAAUGCUAAAAUGUUCACAUUUGGUAACAGUGCCAAGGAAAUAAAGCAAAUGCAAGGAUUGCUCUCA